GGUAAACAGUACACCCACCCUAUCUUAUCGCAGCCAGAAAGUGACCGCAUUGACUGGUGCCCAGUUGGUCCGCUCCUCUAGGCACCUUCCCGUCCCAAGAUCGCAAGACUCCGGACAGAGACGAUUACCUUAUACUUAACUUGUUGUUCAACUGCUUGGUGUCCGCGCAAACACCUCUGGUUCAGGAAAACACCAUCUUCCACCCAGGUCGUGUGCGUGCUUUCGUUUCCCGUCUCGCCAUUCUCACAGAGCGCCCCACCAACUCCUCCCACCAGACACCCCGCCAGAGAUCGGACAAGAUGCUAAAGAUUUGGUCUAUGAAGAAGGAGCAGCAGAAGGCUGAAAAUGCCGACGCUGCGGGUGGCAAGAAGAAGAAGGUGACUGCCGCGCAACUUCGUGUGCAGAAAGAUCUCUCGGAACUAUCUCUCGGAUCAACGAUGAAGACCGACUUCCCUGACGCUGACGAUAUUCUCCACUUCACGCUUACGAUCGAGCCCGAUGAGGGCAUGUACCGGACCGGACGAUUCACCUUCACAUUUGACAUCAACCAAAACUUCCCUCACGAGCCGCCAAAAGUCCGAUGCAAGGAGAAGAUCUACCACCCUAAUAUCGAUCUGGAGGGCAAGGUUUGCCUGAACAUUCUGCGGGAAGACUGGAAGCCCGUUCUCAACUUGAACGCGGUCAUCGUCGGACUCCAAUUCCUGUUCCUCGAACCGAAUGCCUCUGACCCUCUGAAUAAGGAGGCUGCCGAUGAUCUAAGACUCAACCGCGAGGGAUUCAAGCGCAAUGUCCGGACCGCGAUGGGCGGUGGCACCGUCCAAGGGCAGAGCUACGACCGUGUGUUGAAAUAAGAUUUGCAACAGCAAGGAGAUAGCGUCCAUCUCGCUGCUGGACUUUUCUCUAACGACAUGACCCUUUGGCGAGACAAGAGGCCAGCCCGGAUUUGAUACCAGAGACGGACGGACAGGCUGCUGGUUCGCGGAAGGGUGGAAUGCGUAUCUGAAGGGUCGGUGGGCAUCAAAAGCAAGCAUCGUCGUCAGGCGUUUGGGGAGACAAGAUUACAAGUUACAACAGGUCAAGGUUCUGGCAAGGCAUCAAGCCCAGUUUAGAGAUAGCACUAGCGAGGGCGCAGCACAGAAGGGUCCGUUGGUGCGCUCUGGAAGGCGGAAGUCAGACUGAAGACGAAGAUGUGGUGACCAGCGGGAGGAAGUGAUGAG